UCAAAGCCCUGGUGGCAAGCAUGAAUCAAUCAAUGAAUCAUUAACAACAAAGUGUCCAAGUGAGAAACAAGGAAGUAAAUGAGGUAUGAGGGCUGACAAAACGUGUUAGUUUCAUUUUUUACAAAACAGAUGUACAGUUGACUGUGAAGAGAAAUGACGAUGGCUGGAUAUAGGAUAAUGAGGUUGCUCAUCGUGGUUGGGAUUCUUUUUCAAGGCUGUGAUUCAGAUGUGAAAUGCAGAAAUGACGACGGAACAGAGGUGGACUGGUAUAUUUUAUACAAGUUGCCUAAAAUGGAGGAUGAUGGCUUGUCAUAUAUGUACAUGGACGAGAGCACCAGAGGAUGGGAACUCAGCAGAGAGAAAAUCAACAGUAGAUCUGGCACUCUGGCAAACACCCUGAAACCUCUUCUUGAUUUCUACGACAGAAAGACUGAUGGCUUUGGAUACAUGCUGUACAACGAUCAGCCCCCAAAACCGUAUGUUGCCCCUGCAUCAUUUGGUCACAGUAAAGGAGUCGUGAUGUUGGACAAAGGAACUGGAGUUUGGCUCUCACACACUACACCAAAAUUUCCAACAUAUCGCAACAGAGACUUCUGGCCAACCAAUGGAAACCCAAAUGCUCAGACAUUUAUGUGUGUGACUUACCCCUAUAGUGAAUUCAAAAAAAUUGGAUUGCAGCUUAAGUACAUCCACGCUUAUUCAUAUGACUCUGACCUCCCGACAACCUUUUAUGAAGAGCUACGAUGUGUUGCACAGCGAGACUGCUACCCAAAGGCGAAACCCUGGUUUAGUGUGAUGAAUCUGAGUUCAGUGAGAGGCCGUCCUUUCUCCAGCUUUGCAAAAUACACACGUUUUGGGGACGAUCUUUACUCUGGCCUAAUUGUAAAGUAUUCGAAGGACGAUCUGUAUGUUAAGAGUUGGGGAAAGAUGCGUGACCCUCUGCCUUCUAACUGCAGCACCAGUAUCCCUCACCAUGUGUACAAUGUGAAUGAAUUAAAGCUGAAUGGAAAGUCCUUCAGUGAUACUGUAGAUCACUCAAAGUGGUGUGUGACACCUGGUGGUGGUUUGACCUGCAUAGCUGAUACGAACAGGGAAGUGAGUCAGAUGAAAAGAGGUGGAGGUGCAAUAUGCAUCAAAGAUGUUAAAGUUGGGAAGGCUUUCUUUGCACUGAUCUCAAGCCAUAGACCAUGUAAGCGUGAACGUCCACCGUCUGAUGCUCAACAGAGAGAGCUUUAAAGACAUAACUCUGUAUUAAAAUGUGAAGAAAAGUGUAGCUGCUUACCAAAAACCAAAAGACACGUUUUGGUGUAUGUUAAGCCCUGUCUUUGGUGCUCUACAUGUGUAUGUAUUUUAAUCAAUGAAAAACUGCAAUGUUUUUAUUUUUUCAAAAUCAUGUUUUUUUUUAAGAAUGAACUUUUAUACAAUCAGACUAUUAAUACUUGAGAUGAAAUAGACUCAAAUUCAUGUUUAAAUCAAUAUUAAAAUACAAAUUCAAUGUGGCUGCAGGUGUUUGUUUUUGUUUUGAUGAUUAGCCCUCUGUUAGCCAUGGACAGCCUAAACUGUUUGGGGGACUCUCCAAAUUUCUUUUUGCAGUGUGUACAGUUUAUCAGUGUUGGGUUACUAGGUUUGCAUUAACACAUUAAUUUAGCAAUACGCCACAUUUAUGCACAAAA